UUGUUCGUGAUGAGCGUCUAAUAACCCGGUACCGGUGCGGUCUACGAAACCAUGAACUAUCUAAACAAUCUGAACGUCUUCAAACGGCGUCGUAACAUCUCGUCCACCGACUCGUCAUCGGCCGUCUCGUCACCGGCCAGCCCUUCGCCGACGAUCGAUGCUGCGGCCGGCACAUCCGGGGACACUCCCCAGCGCAAGAAGAAAAGGAAGAGUAAGCGUAAGCGUACAAUUUCCGUUGUUCCCAUCAGUGAGGUGACGGAGGCAUCGCUGGAGCUAUGGCGCACGCUACCGCCCAAGAUUCGCCACGAUCCGAGCAUGGUAUCCUUUCAGCAGGUCGAACUGGAGCAUGCCCGGCUGCACGGCGAUUGUCAUGAGGAUUCGUUUCCGGAAAUUCAAGGGCUAGAGGAGGACGGUGGGGAAGAGUAUGAGGACGAAGAGGAGGAAGAGGAGGACGAAGAGUAUGAGAAUGAGUUCAUCACCAUCAACGUCACGAAUGAGGAGGGUCAAAAUAAGGAAAUAGGUCACGUGAAGGAGAAGAAAGAGAUACCGAAACCACACGUCCAUCAUCUGGCUGGCCAUUACAUCGGCAAUAUUACACCGCCGAAGCAUGAUGAUAUCAACGACACCGGCCAGAAUCAGCUCGAUGAGGACCAUCCAUUUCGGAAGUACUCGAAAAUUAUCUGCCUCUUCAUCACGUGGCUGCUGAUAAUGUCGUUCAUGGUGGUGAAGGAUGAGAAGCUGGUCGAACCGAAGCAUCUGUCGAUUUCACCCGGCAAAACAAAGGCAUACAUCUUACCCCAUCUGCCACAGAGCACCCGGAUUAAGGUGACACUUGAGGGGACGUUUUUGAGCGAACCUUACAGCAAUAUUACGGAGCAUUUUUUGGAGGUGUAUCUGCAGAUGUUGUCGUCCACGCUCGAGACAAACUCGACCGAUAUGUACUCAUCCAGCUCAGCUAAGAACAUCAGUGACUCAUGGUACAUCCCGAUCGUGCAUCCUUAUCUCUUCGAUAGUGCGCCGAUCGUGAAGGAGCAGCGGCUGUUCGACAUCAUCGACACCAACUACGAACAACUGCACCAAACAAACGGCGGUUUAGUGCGAUUGAUGGUCCGAAGCAACAUUCAAGCCAGUAUGCCCGUUGCGAUCCGCUACGAUCAAUCACCUGUUAAUCGUGACGUCGGUGUGAUCUACGCUGCGUUCGUGCUCAUCUUCCUGUACGUGUUGAUUAUCUGGGAGAUUGUGCAUCGGACGUUUGCGGCUGUGAUUGCUUCCACACUGGCUAUAUCGAUCCUAGCUGCGCUUAAUGAUCGUCCCACGAUGGAGGACAUUAUUGGGUGGAUAGAUGUGGAGACGAUUUUGCUACUAUUUUCGAUGAUGAUCCUCGUGGCGAUCCUUGCCGAGACAGGAAUAUUUGAUUUUCUCUCUGUGUACAUCUACAAGAUUACUAACGGCAAGAUAUGGAGUCUUAUACACUGUUUGUGUUUGUGUACGGUUUUGAUCUCUUCGUUUUUGGACAAUGUAACAACCGUACUUUUAAUGGCUCCGAUUACAAUACGGCUCUGCGAGGUAAUGGACAUGAAUCCGGUGCCAAUUUUAAUGGCAAUCACUGUACAUGCCAAUAUCGGCGGUACGACAACACCUGUCGGCGAUCCACCGAACAUCAUCAUUACAUCGAACCAGUACAUACUGAAACACGGAGUCACAUUUCUCACCUUUACCGCGCACAUGCUGGUCGGCGUCAUUAUCGUCGUCAUCACCACCAACAUCCAUCUGCGUAUCAUCUACAAAAACAUUAACCACCUGCGUAUGCACGAACCGAAGGAACUUAAAGAGCUGCGUCGCAACAUUAAGGUGUGGGAGCGUGCUGCCGGUAAGAUCCCACCGUACUCCAAGGAUGCCAACAUCGUACGUGAAACGCUCAUGAAGAAGGUGAAGCUGUUGCGCCACCAGUACAAGAAAAAGAUGACAAAAGGCACCGUACCGGAGGACAUUUAUCGCUCGACGCUGGAGGAGCUACAGCGGGAGCAUCCGAUCAAGAACCGUCCACUGCUGAUCAAGUCCGGUAUAGUGUGCGUGUUUAUUGUGUCACUGUUUUUCCUCGAGUCGAUCCCCGAACUGCGCCGCCUGUCGUCUGGUUGGGCGGCUCUGCUCGGCGUAGUGCUGCUGCUGAUCAUCUCCGACAAGAACGAUAUGGAUGCGGUCCUGUCAAGGGUGGAGUGGCCAACGUUGCUGUUCUUUGCCGCCAUGUUUACGCUGAUGGAAGCUGUCGAGCGGAUGGGUUUGAUCGAUUGGAUUGGACACGCGACGGAAACGAUCAUUCUAUCCGUGUCGGAAGAUCUUCGGCUGGCGGUAGCGAUCAUCAUCAUACUCUGGAUCUCGGCACUCACGUCCGCGUUCGUGGAUAGUAUUCCCGUAACGGCUAUGAUGGUGAAAAUUGUGGUUGCGCUGUCGGAAAAGGCUUACCUAGGAUUGCCACUGCAGCCGAUGGUAUGGGCGUUAGCGUUUGGUCCGUGUCUCGGUGGCAAUGGUACGCUGGUUGGUGCGUCUGCUAACGUUAUCUGCGCUGGAAUUGCGGAACAACAUGGCUAUCGAUUCAGCUUUAUGGAUUACUUCAAACUUGGAUUCCCGAUCAUGCUGGUCAGUGUGCUGGUCACAACCGGGUACCUCAUAAUGGCCCACGUCGUCUUCGCCUGGCACUAGGUCCGGAACGGAUCUAGACACGUUCUAGCUCGUAAGAAUUUUCCCCGAAUCGGACGAU